AUGGCAAUAUCGCUGGACCGCAAGACGGUCGCGAUAUACGCCGGCGCGAUUGUGCUACGGCUGGUCAUUUUCCUCGCUUUUCCCGACAUUCCCGAUUUCCUGACCGCGAGAGUGGAAAUAUCGACCCCGAUCUCGAGCUUUCAAAGACUUCAAGAAGGCCUCUUUCUCUAUCAACAUGGAUUAUCACCUUACGACGGCGGUGUCUUUCACCAAGCACCGCUACUGCUGGUCAUCUUCGAGAUCCUGCCGCCGAUGCUGGUCUUCGUCGGGCUGGAUUUCCUAAACGCAGCAUCCUUACAUGUUAUUGCGGAAGAACUACGAAUUCCCACCUCUCGCUUUCACCAGUUGGAUGGCCUCCUGAUCGCGGCGGGUUAUCUCUUUAACCCUUUUACCAUCUUGUCGUGUCUGGGGAGGAGCACCAGCAUCUUUACGAAUGCUGCCAUUAUCCAAGCUGUCUUCAACGCUCAGUCAGGAAAUGCAAUCCGCGCCAUGUUUGCGCUUGCGAUUGGAACCUAUUUGUCAAUGUAUCCGGUUUUACUUCUGCCACCGACCCUGCUCAUGAUCCAUAAAAGCAAUCGAUCUACGUCUCUCGCUGCGUCAAUCGUUUCCUAUACCGCAGGGCUCGCUGCACUCCUAGCCACGACACCCAUCUUGACCAGCGGAUUCUGGGAUUUCUUGGCCUCGUGCUACGGCGUCCAGAUAACGGUCCCUGACCUGACUCCCAACGUUGGGCUGUGGUGGUACUUCUUCAUCGAGAUAUUCGAUUCUUUCCGGGAUUUUUUCAUCGGCGUUUUCUGGUUGCACUUGGUGGGAUAUGUAGGAGGCAUGACUCUUCGACUCCAAAGCCAGCCUCUUUUCGUCAUCACCAGCCUGCUGGGCUUGUUUGCCAUCUUCAAGCCAUACCCGAGCAUCGCGGACGUCUCGCUGUAUCUCGGAUUUUUGCCAAUGUAUCAACACGUCCUUCCACGUAAGUUGUGCCCCGAUCAAACCCAACUCUCGGAGCACUCGCUGACAAUCAUAGUAACUCGAUACACCUUCAUCGCCGCAUCUGUGCUGCUGUAUUCGACCCUGUUGGGCCCUGCCUUUCACCAUUUGUGGAUUUACGCCGGCUCGGGCAAUGCCAACUUCUUCUAUGCCAUCACACUAGUUUGGAGUUUGGGGUUGACCAUCCUUGUUGGAGACACCUUGUUCGCUGUUAUGCGCGAUGAAUGGGAGAUGGAGAGACCCGAGAUGAAGGGUAAAAGUGUACGCCAGAUAUGA